ACGACAGAGGAAGUUUUAACAACAGGCAGUCAAUUUUUAUCGUCUGCUAACCGACGGUCUGUUUACUUUGACGAAAGAAGUUGAAAGAGUCGCACAAGAAAUUGAAAAUAUUGUUAAGCGUUUUAAGGUGUUAACUAUUUGAUACUGUAAUGUGUUUAAUAAACCGUAAGUCGUACUUGACUAAUAGUCGGAUAUUAUAGAAAGGCGUUUGAUGUCAUUGCAGAGAUAGCUUGGGAAGUGUGAAACGUUCAAAAUGCAUCGAGGCGCUUCUGUCUUCUAUAUACCGAGCGACGGCACUGACUGGGCAAAAUAUGUGGCACAGAAACUAGAGGACUAUAACAUCAAGUGCAAGAUCUUUAACUUCACGGACACGAACCAUUUCGAAAUUUCUUCGCACGUAAACGUGUUCAUAAUCACCCCCGAUUUUCUAGAAUUCACCGACUGGACUGUGUUCAAACACGUUGACAUCAACAAAUGCAUGCUCAUUCUAACCGGAAGUGAACAGUGCGACCUCGAGGAGGCGUCGCGUCGCUAUGGUUGCGCACAGGUAGCGAACUGCGCGAUGCACGAAAACACCGGCUCGGAGGAGUCGGUGAAGGAAAUGAUGAUACGGAUCAUUCUUAUGUACGAAGGGGAGCUCAUAACGUCACCGUCAGCGAAUUCGUCUCCGGCCCCAUCGCCGCACUGGUUCGAUCACAGUCCGAGUGACCCGGGCGCGGACCGCGACUCGGGCGAUUAUGACGUACUACCGGCCUACACCCGGCAGCUUAAUUGUCUGCAUGAAGUGUUCUACAAGGAGAACACCUUAUACCUGGUGCUAGAUCGGAGAGCCGAGAGGAAGCUAGAAAUCGUCAUGGGAGAGGAAACCUUGACGCCAACCUUCAGUGAAUACGCCGUCUAUACUGUCCAGCUGUCGAAUAAACAGAAAGACCCGACGGCGUGUUCCGUUUCCGUGUACCAGGACGACCAGUCUAUAGGUGAACGAAAAGUGUCGCGGCUCUAUAACGACCACAAGCAGGCGUUUGACGCCGACGUCGACGAGUCAAGACGUCGCUUGGCGUCGCUUCACAAAUCCACACUCGACCAGUCUAAUACUCUCGUCAGCGUUUCAACUCAGACGGACAAUUUAGUUAAUGUUAGCGAAAGUUUUAGUGACCAUGAUAAUGUUUUCAUCGAAAAUGUAACAAAACAAACAGACUCAAACGGAAACCGAAAGAAAUCCGAUAAAAACGUACAAUCGUAUGUAAAGGACGAUAAUGACAACAAUAGAGACACGCUGAAAGCUAACGACGAUGAUUGCUUUGAAAGUGAUAAGUUGGAGCUGCUGAGACAGCUCCUGGAAGAUGUGACUUCGCCUGAGCAACUGCUGUGCCAAUGUUUCGGUAUCGCGGACAGCGACUGUACGCUUCUCGACGAGAAGAUGACGUCAUUGAUCGAAAGCGCGAACGCGUUCCCGGGUCUGACGUAUCCAGUAAAUAACGAAGAAUUCCAUCAAAGCGUCUGGCCUACUUUGUUACAUUUUGGCGCCAGAUUUAACCUCAUCAGAUUCUGCGAUGCGUUGCUAAGCAACCCGAUGAUGUAUGACGUCGUCAACAGGCGCAAUAAGGACGGACAGAGACCCGUGGAUAUCGCACGAUCGCACGAGCAUUGUGAGCUGGCCAAUAUGCUUGAAUCGUUCGCUGAAAAACUGCACACCAGCCCCGAUAACAAGUACGACAGCGGGGUUUCGGAACUCUCCCUUGAACGCACGAGGAUUUCCACUCGACUUAUGAGCGAGAAAGAUGCUCCCGCCCUGCCACCCAAACCGCACACGUUCAGUCGACCACAUGACGGAUAUGCGAAUGUAGCCGGAGAAACAGGUGAUGAAGGCAUUCCAAUCAUUAUUACGGAUGAUAUCCACGAACAUGACGCAAAAACGAGUCUCGUAUUCAGCAAUACGGAAAGUGGAAAGUCGAAACAUCAUAUAACCGAAAAGUCGCCAAAAAGCUCUCCGGUAUCUGUCGAGGUAUGGGGUGCGAUUGAUGGCGUCAGUGAUUACGUCAAAUACCAUCGUAAAGAUUUGUCUGCCCAUCUAGGGAUGACGACGCCGCCACCCCAGAAGAAGAAGUCCAAGGGUUUGUCGAAACUGUUCGGACGAGUGCGAGGCGGAAGUGGAAAAGCGGAGGCACCGUCGUCAACUCCUAAACUGAACAAUUCCAAGGGCAUCAUGAAGCGGUAUAAAAGAGAGGACUCUAAACGUUCCAGCGACACCAGUUCCAGCACCGGCUCCACGCACUCGGAUAUCUCUCAAAGAGACGAUGACGAUAAUGUACCAGUUCUUCGCCACUCGGACAUCAACACAGAAGAAAGUGAUGGCAAUCUUUUGAGCAUUGUUGCCAAUUCAAAGCACCGGAAGUCCAUGCGUGUUUCGAAGGCAUUGAGAGACCAGCACAGGGACGGUCCAUCACUUCCGGUAAAGAAAGUUGCAACAGACGGCCAAGUAUUCUGAUGCAGCCAGAGUAUCGAUGAAGUCAUAUACACUUUCAGGAAAAAAGCAAUGCUUAUUUAAGACGUGCAAUGUCAAGGAUGAUUUGACCCACACGUUUGUUACAUAACUGGAGAAGUGGCGAUCGAGUUUUCGACACGUUUGUUGUGGAUAACUUGACUAAGCUUAGGAUGUUUGACACGAAAGAUGAUUGAAGAUAAUACAUUGGUAUUUCAAGAAGCGAUUUGUUUGAAGACGCGGUAACGUGUUCAAUUGAACUUCGGCAUUGAUGUUACUUACAAUAUAGUGUUCAUCCAAUGACGAUGGAAACAAUUGAAAUUUCUAGACGACGUUGAAGGCCGAUAUAUACUUGUAGCGUGGUACAUGGUUUUACAUUUAAACUAGACAUAAUUCAGUUUACAAGCUAAUGCUUAUGUAUGUCUUUGAACUGAUUUGGCUUAACACAAAUGAUACAAAUUCAUAUGGCAA